UUUUAUUUUUGGUGGGCCAAAAUUGCCAAAAAAGAAACCCGAAUUUCAUGGCGGUGAAAAAGGCUCGCGAGUGAUUUGUUUCCGUGGUGAAACUUGAUCGAUUUGUGGGGGGUGGAUUUCGCAGCAUAAGAAUCAGUGAAGCAAUUUUUGUCCACGGAAAAGCCCUUGAAAAGGCAGGGUAAUGUGUGUGUGAUGCAAAGCCUGCUGUGUUGAGAAGUGCAGUUAGUAGCAGCGUUUAAAGCUAGUUUGUUGCUACUACAAGUUUGUGUGUUGUGUUUCUGUGCGCUGCGAGAAUAACAAUUGCUGCUUAAAAUUACUAAGCAAAAAAGUGCUUCUCCCAGAAUGAUGGAGGAAAAGUAAGGAAGCUGCCGAAAAAAGAGAUCCAGUUGUUUUUGUUGGCGUCUGCAAAUUGCAUCAAAAAAGGAUUACAAUCAAUAAAGGGGCAGCUGAACGAACGAACCAGUUCCCGUCAACUCCGGAACACACAAAUCAGCGCGUCCUCCAAAAGCAAGAUGUCGUCGUUGGACGCGGCCGACACGGUCUGGCUGGAGGAGCUGCUGCAGGAUGUCCAGCUGGAGCACUUUUUGCCGCGGAUUCGGGACGAGCUGCAUAUUACGCGGUUGGCGCACUUUGACUAUGUCCACGUGGACGAUUUGGAGAAGAUUGGGCUGGGAAAGCCCGGCAUUCGUCGGUUGAUGGAGGCUGUGAAGAAGCGGAAGGCGCAACAGUGGCGGAGGAACAUCCUGUCUAAGUUGAUUGGAGGGGGGAAGCAGCAGCCACAGAAGAAGAGCUCGGCGGAUCCGAGGGAGAACGAGGAACCUUCGGCGCUGGCGUUGACCUGUUUGAUCCACGAGAAGGAUGUGACGAUGUCGAUUAAGCUCGGGGACGGGUCGUUUGGGGUGGUGAGGAGGGGCGAGUGGAUGGCACCGGGGGGUCAGAUUGUUCCGGUGGCGGUGAAGAUCUUGAAGGCGGACACGCUGAGUCAGCCGGGGGUCAUUGAGGACUUUUUCAAGGAGGUUCAAGCGAUGCACACGUUGAAUCAUGCGAACCUGGUACGACUGCAUGGGGUUGUGCUGUCGCAGCCUAUGAUGAUGGUCACGGAGUUGGCCGCCAACGGCUCGUUGCUGGACACUUUGAGGAAACAGUGUAAAAACACCUCGCUGCCAACCAUCUGGAACUGGGCGGUGCAAGUGUCCACCGGAAUGGCCUACCUCGAGAGUAAACGCUUCCUCCAUCGAGAUCUUGCCUGUCGAAACGUCCUGCUAGCGGCCGGGAACAAAAUCAAAAUCGGCGACUUUGGCCUCAUGCGAGCGCUCCCGCAGCAGGAAGAUUGCUACGUCAUGACCGAACACAAAAAAGUUCCCUUCCCGUGGUGCGCCCCGGAAUCGCUCCGCUAUCGGCAGUUUAGCCACGCGUCCGACACGUGGAUGUUCGCCGUGACGCUGUGGGAGAUGUUCACCUUCGGUGAGGAUCCUUGGGUGGGGUUGAACGGGUCGCAGAUUCUGAGGAAGAUUGACCGCGAAGGCGAGCGGUUGCACCAUCCGGAUGCGUGCCCGCCGGAUGUGUACCAGCUAAUGUUGCAGUGCUGGGACAAAACGCCGGCCGAACGGCCUACCUUUGCCGCCAUCAAGGAAUUCCUGUCGGGAACGUCGCCGACGGUUUAUCGAGCCGUCAUGAACUACAACACGCCGAACCGGUUAGUGCUGGAGCAGGGUGAUUCGAUAGCGGUGAUUGACGAUCGGCCCGAGCUGCAGUUCAUCAAGGGUCAGAACCAGCGCACCUUCGACAUUGGGACGUUUCCGAGACAUGCCGUGGUGGACGCCAGUAAGCACAACCGAGGCGGUUCCGGGACGAUCAGCCGACCUCUGCAUGAUUCUUUCCGGCAUACGGCCCACGGCACCCCGUUCGGCACGUCCUGGGGUAACCCGAGCACGCUAGAGAUGAACGGCGAAGUGAAGCUGAGAAGUAAAAACAAGGACACGCUGAACGCGGAUCGCCGCGGCAAGUGCGUUUCCGAGCAGUACGUGAAGGAACGCAAGAGCAAUGCCCACAAGCAGUUUUCGUACAACAAACUGGUCAACGAGAAUCAUCACAAGAUGAAACUGCAGCAGCAGCAGCAGAUGUUGAAGGAUGGUAAGAACCGUCCGCUGCGACCUCCUCAACCGCAGAAUCUCCCGCACGGUUCGGCGGAAGGAAUCUUGAUUGAUCUGUCCUCGCCGGAUGGCGAUCCGGGAGCGAUUGGAGCUCCGGUGACGGCUGGUGGCACUGUUGCCGGUGGAAUGCAAUUUACGAGUAUUUUGGACGAACCGAUUGAAGUGCCAACUGAGGGGGAUGAUCCCGGCUAUCAGGUGGGUUAUUUGGAGCAGCAGCAGCAGGUGCCGACUCGGUUGCAACCUCCGCCGUAUCAGAUGCCUCCAAAGUACACCAAUACCAUGAACAUCGGGGAGGUUGACGGGGAACCGGAUCCGUUCGAUACAAGGUCGGUGUUUCAGAUGGAGACUAGCGUUGCGAGCAACGCAACGUCGGAUUACGAGAGUGGGCCUUCUAGUGUGGUGAGUGCGAGGGAUUUGAUGGCUUCCAUCAAGAGGCAGCAAACGCUGGAAGAGAUGGACGCUGCUGGCCCUUCGACGUCUAUGGCGAUUUAUGGAAAUGUAAGUAGGGGAGCUGUUUCCAAGAUCAAUUCAAACUACGGAAAAGUUAGCGAUUUGGAUGACCUGUCCAGCUCGAUGAUUGCCAGCAUGAACAGCAGUUCGGCGGGACAGAAUACCUCGGGAAGUUCUUAUGGAAGCUUGAGUCAAGGCUUGAACGACUCGUUGCACGUCAAUUUGAGCAAUCUAACGUUGGACAACAGCGAACCUGCUCCACCGGCGAGUCUUCUGAACGUCACACCCAAAAAACUCGACAAGACCUUCCUCGCGGAACUGGAAAAGGACAUCUACAAGCACGAGCCAAACGCGCUGAACAACUCCCAUGCCUACGCCGCCUUCAAGGCGCACACUUCCAAAGACGACACCGUGAAUCACAUAUCCAGCCUGAUGAGCUCGCUGUCCAAGUACGACAGCACAAGUUCUUUCACGCCCGACCAGGAGGUGGCCUCCGACAAAAACUUGAACGCAAACUUGCAUCAAAUCUACGCCAACAACUUGGUUGAAAGCUUUCAGCCUCGUCGUCUCUACGAAAGCACCGCGCAGCUCUCGCCCAAGAAGCAAAACAACACCGCGCAGAUGACCGUGGACACCAACAGUGUCGUAACGCAAAUGUGGAUGGAACGCAACACCCCAUCCACGGCCAGCAGCGGCGAGUUGACCUACGGCAAUCUUCCACCACCCGGUCAAUCACCCCAGAAGGCGGUAGCGCACAACUACGUCGCGGUCUCAAACCGCCCCCUCUCCCGCAUCCAAAACGACACCCGACUCUACAGCUCCACCCCGAACGUGGCCGCCAUCAACCUCGCUGCGCAGCAGCUCCAGCAACUCCAGAAUCAGCAACACCCACCCCCGCAAAACAUCUACAACAGCGUGUACAACGGCAACGACGUGUACUCCACCAUCGGCAGCGACAUCUACGACACGGUGGCCGCCACCCCGGCCUCCUACUACGAGCGGGUUCCCGCGCCCGGAGGCCAACAAAUCUACAACAACGUGCAACCCGUUCUGUACGACGAAGUCAGUGACGACCUGUUGAGGCCAACGCGGCCAGCGCCGACGGCCCCGCUCUCGUCGCAGCAAAUUCAGCGCCGGUUGGAUCGCCUCGCCCAGCAGGACCAACAGGUGGCCGCGCUGAUGGGCGAACUGGGCGAGGAGGCUAGCGAGGCGGAAGCGCGCGACUCGCUGACGGCGGUCAACUGGGACCACACGCUGGCCGUGAGGCACUUUAAGAUUGAGCGGUUGUGUCGUCUCGGCGUGGCCAACCGAACCAAGUGCGAGGAAGCGCUGCUCAAAACGGGCUGGAGUGUGCAACUGGCCGCGUCCAUACUGCUGGAGACUUAAUCGGAGUUUCGGACUUUUUCCGGGGUGUUUGGCCCUCCCUCACGCACGCGACACAUCGAAUAAUUGUGAAUCAGUAUCGAAUGCAAGCAGAGAAGGUUUCCAUUGGAAUGCUCAUGACUGUAGGUUUUUUUUAGUAUUAUAACGCACUUUUUACUGCGCUGCAAAUUGUAAAUAUUUAUUUUAUAGUGUUUAGAGAGUUUAAUUAUUUUGGGAAAAUAACAAGUUUCUUCCCAACUUGUCAGUGAUUUUUAAAGAUGUACAAACGAAACAGGCAAAAUCUUCCUAACUAGAAAACAACGCAAACAAUUAUCAGCCAAAAUUAGCAUGAAAGAAAAUAAUAAAACUGCAAUCGUCAAUUCCUGAAUUGUGUAGGCAAGGAAAAUAAACUCAAGAAUCUUCAUUUCGACUAAAACUCUGAAAUGCUCUCUCCCUCAUUUUUCUGCCCUAGGCAAAAAGUAACAAAUUACUUAUAGUGCACACGCGAAGCCACUCGGAAAACCCGUCACUCGAACGGUAUCAUCUAUCAGGUAUUCACUUAGAAGAAAAGCUAGAGCAAAACAAUGCAAUGAAUUUGAGAACACUCGAGAGUGCGAGAAAAUAAUACAAUUUAAACCCACUAUUAAGAGUAUCAUUACGGUAACGCUAACGAUACGUUUGCGCCAACGUUAAGUUUAAUCGCAACAAAAAAAUGAGAAUCCGCUAGCAAAUUUAACACUCAAAGCCAUCAACAACUUGAUGGACAUGUGUGGAGGGGUUGAAAAAACUAAUUAGAAAGAAGCAAACACUAAACAGCUAUCAAAAUUUAAGCGCUCGGGCAAAAUGUACCGGUUUGCGCCCGAUGAUGAUGCCGCCCCCUCGACAGCCGAAAGGCAUCAAACAAUUAAACGGAAGCGAUCCCCCGUCUGCUGUUGGGCGGUGAACGGUAUUAUAGAAUGAUGAUGAUAGCAUGAUUGUUGCCCAUUCGACGCCCUAUCGAGCGU